AUCUCAGUGGUGAUACUAUUUUAAAUCAUGCCACGAUUGUAACUAAGCACUACAUUGGGAAGACGUUGCAUCUGCGUGAUGUGUUGUCUCCAUCUUACAAACGUACCAGACACACYAUUUUUCCGUUCGCUAGUUUCAAGUUUCAAUCUUAGUCCUUAGAUCAUAUACUAGUAACUAGUAUAUACUAGUAUAUGAUCUAAGGUAGUAAGGUUUCAUUAGGGUGCUGUCAGAGUUGAUAUUAGAGUGAAUCGACCUAUUAUAWAACUUUUAGAAUAUUACUAUUACAAUGAAUUUAAGUGAUGAUGAAUUUUAUGAUUCUGAUGAGAGUGAUGUGGGCGAACAAAGUUUACAUGCUAUGCUUAAUAAAACUCUUUACGACAAAGAAGAUGAGUAUGAAGAAUAUGGAGAACACAUUGCUGGCGAAGUAGAAGCAUUAGGUAGUGUACAAGAGGAAGUACUUGGUAAAGUUACUGAUGAUGCUAGUCAAGAAGAAGUUCUAGGUCCAGUAUAUAGUGAGAAAGAAGAUACAAAUGAAAAAUCAAUAGGGCCAGAAUCAACAUUUGUUAAAAAAUUAGAAGAUGCUGAAGAAGUAGUUUUAACUACAGAAGUUAUAGGAGAGUUAGAAAAUAAACAUUUUUUUGAUGGACUUGAUGAUGAUAAUUUUGAACCAAUAAAAAAAAAACCAAAACUAAGCAAUGAAGAUGGUAAUAAUGCAAAUCCUCAUAAAACUAUUGUUAUGCAUAUACCUCAAUUCAUUCGAUGCAACAAAGGUGGUCAAUCUAUUCAAGUUCAAAAUAUUGUUUGUGGUGCAAAUAUGGGAUGUCCUCUGGACUUGGUAAGAAUCGUCAUGUGGACUAGUAAUUCUGAGUAUAACCCACAGCGAUUUAAUGGAUUAAUUAUGCGUCUUCGUACACCUAAUGUCACCAGCUUGUUAUUUCCAUCAGGCAAAAUGAUCAUGCAAGGCGCUAAAGAUGACCGAACUGGAAAUUUAGGAUGUCGAAAAGUAGCAAAAAUUUUAGAGAGACUUGGACACAAUGUACAAUUUUGUGACUAUACAGUGCAYAAUAUUGUUUGUACAUGGGAUGUUGGUUUCCCAAUAAUGUUGGAAGAAUUAAAUACUGCUCACUCACAGUUUACCAGUAUGUGA